UCGGCAGCAGGACUCUUAUAACAAACCGCUGGACAGGCUGUGCCUCUAACCAUCGAGAGGGAGCUCGGGACACACGGAUAAAACCAUGGCUUCGGAAAACUUGGAAAUGAACGGCGACGCGGACGCAGCCGGCGAGGAGGGUCCGCUACGGGAAAACUGGAGGAGGCCACGAAGACCCCUGAACAUGAACCAUUACGCCAAUAAGAAGAGUGCAGCAGAGAGCAUGCUGGAUGUGGCUCUGCUCAUGGCUAAUGCUUCCCAGCUGAAGGCUGUGCUGGAGCAAGGGCCAGGCUUCACCUUCUAUGUGCCACUCAUUACUCUCAUUAGUAUCUCUCUCAUCCUGCAAGUCGUGGUGGGAGUUAUGCUCAUCUUUAUCGUAAAGUGGAAUCUAAAUGAUGAAAAAACGCACUACAAGCUGAACAUCCUGGAGAACAGCGCCACAGCCUUCGUCUUUAUCAUAGUUGUAGUCAACGUCUUCAUCACAGCCUUCGGCGUACAGCGGCCCAGCUCUUAAAAGAGUGCCUUUUAUUUAAAAUGUGUGUGAAAGUCGCAACACUUGUGACUGUUUUACCAAGUUUUUUUUUUCAGUGUGCUGGUUUAUUCAGAAAUGAAGACUAUGACUGUAUCAGCACAGCCCAGACCAAAGUAAAUUCUUAUCAAAUGCACCAGGAGUUGUCUUUCCCUGCAUAAUGCUGUUACUGUGGGGACAAAUGCUGUUUACUGUGUUUCAAAACUUAUCUGAUCCAAAAGGUUCAUUGACAUUAUUUGCCCAAUCCCCAUUGCUAUGCAAAGUAUUUAAAAGGAUUUACAUGUACAUUAGUCUUUGUAUGUUUGUAAAAUGAAUCAUAUAUGUAUUUGCUCUAAAACAUCAUUUUUAUCUCUCUUUCUGUUUUUAUUAUGACUGUUUAAAUUACAUUUAUAAAU